CUGAACCAACAACUUGGUAUAUUACUAGGAUUAACAACAAAUAUCAAGGCUCUUUAAAUUUUUCAAAUCAAAAUAGAAUUUAUCAAUUUUCUUUUACUAUUAUUGUUCUCACCAAUUUCAUUGUUUUUAAAUUUUUGAGGUGCUUUUGACUUCCUUUCUACUGCGUUUUCCUUAUUACCUACCUAAUUUUUCCUUUUCAGCUUAAUUUGUUUCCAUGUAUCAUGCUUUCUCUGAAAGAAAUUUGUCUACAGGUGGCUCAAAAGUACAUAAACGACAUUGAGGAUAUAGGAGACUACCCUUACGCUCUGCUGGAGCCCAUUUUGGAACGCGCACCUCCUGAUCGUUUACAUUUACUAGAAGAACGGUCUCCACAUAUCAAACAAGAAUCUCAGUCCCUUUGGAAACUACAUGUCUUACGCGAUUUUGCGCUUGAACUGCAACAAUUUAAGGCUCCUCUUCCUUCGAUCACUGACUGGCGUUCAUUAUACCAGAGACUUAAGAAACGAAGAAACACUCAGUACAAUGAGGCAUCCGAAAAACUUCGAAACGCUUACACAAAGCUCGAGCAGACGAAGCAAACCAAGCGAAUUGUACCUCUAGAAAGAGAGCCACGGUCCGCUAGACCGCCAAAACGACUACGCCCAAUGAAUAAUUGUGCCCCAAAAAGCUCAUUAAUGACGAAAGCCAGAAACGAUUUCUUAAAGAAAACUUCUUUUACACGACCACCAGUUACAAGUAACUCGAAUUUCCGAACUUCAAACCCUUCUUUACGCCCUUUAGGCUCCUCUUUCCGCAUGGAUAAGCAGCCCAGUACGAAUCCGUAUCCAAUGUCUUCUACCAUUAAACCUCCUCCCGCUUCUAAUUCCCUUAAGCCCAGCUUUAAUUCUAAUAAAUCUCUAUGGCAACGUUCAUCGAAUUUACAAUCUCCGUCUUCUAUUCCGAUUUCUUCCCUUUUCCCUAAAUCUUCUAGAGUGCAAAAUCAUUUGCCGAAGCGCUCUUAGGCAUUAUAGGUUGGUGAACUUAUUAAUUCUUCAUUUCCUACUUUUUGGUGUUUUCAUUAAUCUCGUCGCUCUUUUCCCUUUAUUUUAUAGUGUAAUUACAGUUACGUUCCCGUUUUAUUCACCUUUACUAUACAUAGCUUAAUUUUUGGGAGGUUAUCGUUCUUAAUUGUGCUGCGAUAUCUCUUGUUAUGCCGGUUAUUAUUUAUUUUCUUUUAGUUGUUUUCUUAGAUGCCUUGGUUACGAUUUUCUUUAGCUAACGAUGAAGUUUCUCAUAUAUAGCUGUUCAUUAACUCCCGUAAUAUUAUUCAAUAACUAUCCCUGUCUUUGCAAAAACCA